AUGAUGAUGGUAAACAGCAGUCGUCGAGUCUCCGCCGGAGAAUCGGUGUUGAUUCGGUGGCUUUGCGUGGUGGUGGGUGCCGAAAUUCCUGUAGCGGAGCAACGUGGAGGAGGGAAAGAUGGACUGUACCGGAGAUUGUCGGCGUUGGGGCCCAAAAAAGGAACAGUUGCAAAGACGAUAAAUGAGUAUAUAAGGGAAGGAAGAUCCGUUAGUAAAUUCGAACUCGAUGGUUGCAUCCGUGAACUCCGUAAAUAUAGAAGAUACGACCAUGCUCUCGAGAUAAUAGAGUGGAUGACAGUAAGGAAAAUUAACUUUUCCCUCAAAGAUUAUGCUAUACAUUUGGAUCUAAUUGGAAAAGUUAAGGGUAUAGCGGCAGCAGAGAACUAUUUUGAUGGCCUCUUGCCUGCUGCAAAGAAUCACCGUACUUAUGGAGCACUUCUUAACAGCUAUUGUGUGGAAAAAAUGGUUGAUAAGGCAGUGGAACUGUUCGAAAAAAUGGAUGAAAUGAACAUGAUAUGCAAAUCGCUGCCUUUUAAUAAUCUUAUGUCCUUGUAUAUGAGAUCAGAGAAGCCAGAGAAGGUGCUUCUUUUGAGAGAAGAGAUGAAGAAAAGGGACAUCCGACCAGACACAUUUACUUAUAACAUAUUGAUGCACAGUUAUUCACGUUUAAGUGACAUUGAGGGAGCAGAAAGAGUUUUUGAGGAGAUAAAAGGGGAAAAUGCAAAGUUGUGUAAUUGGACGACGUAUAGUAACUUGGCAGUUCUUUAUGUCAGGGCUGGUCUUCAUGAGAAAGCUGAGUUGGCUCUAAAAAAGCUAGAGGAGGAGAUGGGGCCUAGAAAUCGUGAGGCAUGCCAUUUUUUGAUAAGUUUAUAUGCUGGAAUCUCUGAUCUUGGUAAUGUCUAUCGUGUUUGGAAUUCUUUGAAGCCGAGAUUCGAAGUAGUGACCAAUCUGAGUUAUCUUAUCAUGCUUCAGGCUCUUAGUAAUCUAAAUGAUGUUGAUGGGUUGAAGAAAAUCUACGAAGAAUGGGAAUCAACCUGUUCUAGUUAUGACAUUAGGUUGGCAAAUACAGCUAUUGGUGCUUAUUUGACUCAUGACAUGACCGAUGAAGCUGAAUCUGUCCUUCGUACUGCAAUUGAUAGAUCAGACGGGCCAUUCUUCAAGAUUUAUGAAAUGUUCACCCAUUUCUUUCUGAAAAACCAUCAAAUAGAAGAAGCUUUGCGUUGCAUGGAAGUUGCUACAUCAGGAAUUGAAAAGAAUGAAUGGCGGCCAAAGUCGGAUACCGUAAAUAAGUUUAUCGACUAUUUCAAAGAAGCUUGUGAUGUUGAUGGAUUUGAGAAAUUCUACAUAUAUAUGAAGAAGGUUAAUUGCAUUAAUCACCGUUUGUACUGCUAUUUGCUUGAGACAUACAUAGCUGCUGGGAAAACAACGCCCAAUAUUCGUGCUAGGAUUGAGGAGGAUGGAAUUGAAAUCAGCAGCCUGCUCGAAAAUUUGAUUACCUUGCUUUCCCGUGAAUAG